AUGAGUGGAGAGGAGACUUCUCCUCCGCGCCCCAGGGCCAAGAAGCUCCCCUUCAAGCCGACAGCUUUGCGCAAAUCUGCGUCGCAAAAAGUCGAGACACCCGCCGAUGCUACCAACACCGACGACGAUGGCCUUGAAUUGUUUCGCAGGUCAAAGGAGAUGGAGCCCAUUAUGGCUGCCGACCGUGAGAGACGGAUGAAGAAGAAGCAGAAACAGGAGGAGGAGCGACGAAAGUCGGCCGAAUCUGCGAAAAGGCAACUUGAGGAUGAGGACCAGACGGGAGUCGAGGUGGACGAGGUACGGCACGACUCUCCUCAGGACGCUCGGAGUGGCACACCUGUUAUUGGUGAGCCUAAGGAUGGAAAUUCAACGAGGUUUGUAUCCAGAGUUGAAGGCGAGGUUUGCUUGUUCACUUUGGCUGACGGGUUGCAAAGCGAGUUGGUUACGCCGCCGGCAUCAAAACGCACACGCUUGGAUACGCCACCCUCUAGACGCAAUGUCGAGAAUAUAGAUAUUGUGCCAGACGAUUCACCAUCUACCCGACUAUUGCGAUCACAUACCAAGACAACUACAACAGGCAGCGUACACCAUCCCAUAAUUGGAGCACCAAACGCAGAACCAAUCAGUCUUCUUGACUCGGAUGACGAUGACGACGACUGUGUGCAAAUAACAUCAAUACACACUCGGCAACGGGACGAUAGUGUCGAAGUCCUCGAGACCAGCUUUGCCGCUCAAGACGAUGACGACGAAUUCGCCGAGUACAUCCGCAAGGCAGAGGAGCAGCGUGCGCGAGAUAAAGCCAUGCUCAGCGUUGGCCCAGACGGAGCAGCCGCCAAAGACCCCAUUGACGUUCUGGUGACAUCUGUGGUGCCGGGCACGAAGCCCUGCUGUUUCAAGUUUUUGUUCGACAAGCAACUGCGCGUUGCUCGCAACACGUGGCUCUCACUUCAGCAUCACAAGGGUCUCCUGAAGGAAGUACAAAAGGAAGACGACAUUAUUCUCACAUGGCGGAGGCAAAAGGUAUACGCAUUUUCCACAUUGCUCUCCCUGGGGAUUCGACCGCAGGGCAAUGGGAGGGCCGUCGUUGACGGAAACAGCUCAAACGGCCUUGCUGGGGACAGGACAAGAGUCCACAUGGAGGCGUGGACGCUGGAGUUAUUCCAGGAAAUGGAGCGCGAGGGGGAGCAGAGGCGCAAGAGGGAAGCUGGCGAAUUACCAGACGACGAAACGUCGCCCCAGGAUGAAGGGGAGCCACCUCCUCCAGAAGUCAAGAUUCGCGUCAUCCUCAAGGCCCGAGACCUAGAAGACGUGAGAUUAACGGUACGGCCGGAGACAACGGUCGAGACGCUCGUCACCGGAUUCCGCAGCCAGCGGUCCAUCGGGUCCGAUAAAGAUGUCGGACUGUGGUUUGACGGCGACAGGCUAGAAGAGCAUGUCACCAUGGACGAGGCGGAGAUUGAUGACAUGGACACGUUUGAAGUGCACAUAAAAUAG